AUGAAUAGCUCGCAGAGUCCGCCAGGUGGCACGGUGGCCAAACGUAUUCGAGUCUUUCAGGAGGUCCAGCAACUCAGAGCAGGAAUUCCCCCUUUUGCUCUCCCACCUCGCGUCGUCACCCAACCUAGAGACUUCAGUUUCUUCUCCAGCCAAGGGCGAAGAGGAGACUCCAGCUUCCCUCCUCCAGCCAGACGGGUGUUCAGGGAUGGUAUUGAAGGGACCAGAGGAGAUGGACGUCCCCCAGGGGUAAAAGCCCACGAGCAAGGAGAGAGUCACGAGAUUGUUCCUCUACGACCUUUCACCAGUUUGGACGGGCCCGGUGAUGAAAGAGCCCCUGCCCACUGGCCAGCCCUCCGCCAGGUCGGUCAUCAACUCCAUCGCCAACACCGCUCCAUGGAGAACGUCGGAGACGAUCCUGCGCUGGAGAUUGCCAUGGCCAGAUCUCGACUUCGCUCUAUUGCUCCAAAACAGCACGCCGCCCGGCAAGAGCCAUCACGCGGCCGCUCUUACACGAUGGACGAGUUGAAUAACAUGUUGGAUGAUGCGAUCAGGAAUAGCUCACCCCAACCUGAAGGCACCCCCGUCGAGCAGCCUGGCAAUCUUGCCCCAAAGCCCGGCUUCGUCCUUCGUCGAGCAUCUAUCCGGCAAGAUCGUCGGCCCUCGCAGCCUCGUCCCCGGUCCACCGGCCGAAGCACCGAGUCCGUCAUGCCUCGUAGCAGUGAGGAAUCGACGAGAGUGGAGUACGAGAGGGAAAAGGAGACGGAGCAGCCAAAAAAACAGGAUGCGAGCAGCAAAGAAAGCCAGCAGCCAGUGUCUCCUGCUGCCCCGCGAUUGAAACCACUCGCUGACCCAAUCGGCGAACUGAGUCCCGUCAAGCAAAGAGCUGCCAUGUUUGAGAGCCUCAGCAAAAAGCCCACCGGUCACGAAGAAGUUUGUCAGCAUUUUGUGCACGAACACGAGCCAUCACAACAGCAUCAGCACCACCUCCCUUCCCCGCACAAGGAGACCAAGAAGAUCCAUCGUAUCAAGUUUGGAGACACGAUUGAGGAACGACCCGGCACGCCCUUGAUUCCCUUGACAUUGCCAACACUCGUCACGCAAGAGAAGACCAGCAGGCCUCCGAGCACCAUGAAGCAAGAGCGAGUCGACUUUGAACUCCCUGCCCCUCUUGAAGGAGAGACGGCAGACGACGAUGUUUUUAAGGAGGAGAGGAAGCCCUCCUUGAGCUGGCCUUUUCGAUGGAGCAUUUUUAACAAGGGAGCCUCUGCGCCACCUCAGGAGACCGACACUCCCUCCGGUGAGGCAGAGGCAAAAGACGAACAUUACCCCCCCACUCGACAUAGUAUUGUCCGGAGCAAAGUUCAAGAUCUGCUCCAGGCUGCAAAUGAGAAAGACGACGCAGAGCAGCGACGCCGAGACGCGGAGAGAGGUCGUCUCAGCAGAAGACCAACUCGGGCUCAACCUCCAAGAAGGCAGGCCGAAGCAAGCCGCGACGAGCCAGAACAGGAGAAAAUAGCUGAUCCGAUAUCUCCGGACACCCCGGGAAAGGAGACAUUCCACAAUCUGAAGAUCCCCCUGGAGACAAGCGACAACAAGCCACCCCCUAGGACUCCUCUCCAACGUGCUAUGUCAGAAAAACAGGUCCUAGCACCACCCACGCGGACUGAUCCAGACGGUGAAUCAGGAUCAAGUCCACGGAAAGUUCCUCCACAGACUCCCAUUCGUGGAAGAUCCGUCUCUACCCAUCGGCCCUCACUUGGGGAAAACAAACGCUCUGUGCAGCAGCAAUUCAGUCUUAGUCCUGGGCCGAGCCGCAACGGUUCGAAGCAACGUCAGGGUGUCAAAGUCGAGGUGGAAAUCCGUGAUAGCCCCGAGCGCGAGGCCAGAGACAGGGGGGACAAGAUUGUCAUCAUCAGGGCAGACGUUUCGGAGAUGGAUGAUGAAGGGAAGUGA